UGAACAACAGCGCGGCGUGCGUCUAGCGGCGAAAUAACGUAAACGUAAACGAAAAAACUCUGUGGGACUAGGGCCGACUGGAUGCUAGUGUGUUGGUUUUUAAUGCCGGUGGUGAAGUGAAAAUUAGAAUUUGUGUGAUUGUGAAUUCGAUAUUUGAAGAACUCCAACUCCCUCUACUACCCUGAUCCCAAACACAAAACUUCAAAGAUGGAGGGCCGAAAUGAUCAUAAGAUUUUAAAUGAUGACUCAAAUCUACAAAUUACGAUUAGACUGAUAAUGCAAGGGAAGGAGGUUGGGAGUAUUAUUGGCAAAAAAGGUGAAAUUGUAAAAAGGUUUCGAGAAGAAAGUGGUGCCAAAAUAAACAUUUCAGACGGCUCGUGUCCUGAAAGAAUUGUUACAGUUAUAGGAACUACAAGUGCAAUUUUUAAAGCUUUCACAUUAAUAUGUAAAAAAUUUGAAGAGUUCCAGGAGAUAAACAGCGGCAGCAGUUCCGUACCCCGGCCACCGAUCACGCUUCGACUGGUCGUUCCGGCGAGCCAGUGCGGUUCCCUCAUCGGCAAGGCGGGGUCCAAGAUCAAGGAGAUCAGAGAAGUGACGGGCGCCUCCAUACAGGUCGCCUCCGAAAUGCUGCCUAACUCAACUGAACGGGCUGUGACUAUAUCUGGUACUGGAGAAGCAAUUACACAGUGCAUUUAUCAUAUUUGUAACGUUAUGCUCGAGUCCCCUCCCAAAGGAGCAACCAUCCCUUACCGCCCCAAACCCCAAGUAGGUGGUCCCGUAAUCCUGGCCGGCGGACAGGCCUAUACCAUCCAAGGCAACUACGCCGUUCCCGCCCAUACAGACAUUGCAAGCUUGGGUAAAAAUCCGCUUGCAGGUUUAGCUGCCUUAGGAUUAGGUGGGCUGGGACCCACGGCAGCGGGAGGAUUGAAUCCGGCAGCACUUGCAGCCCUUGCCGGAUCGCAGUUAAGAACCACGAAUACGAGGAACCAACAGAACACGAAUCAUCAGACUCACAACAUGACCGUUCCGAAUGAAUUGAUCGGGUGCGUAAUCGGCAAAGGGGGCACCAAAAUCGCCGAAAUAAGGCAGAUUUCCGGAGCCAUGAUACGCAUUUCGAAUUGUGAUGACAGAGAGACAGGUUCUUCGGAUCGUACCAUCACAAUAUCGGGAAAUCCAGACGCUGUGGCCUUGGCGCAGUACCUCAUCAAUAUGAGUGUCGAACUGCAGAAAGCUAACCUUGAGGCCCAAAACUCUCCUAACACCGGCGGUACCGGCCAGUCCUCCACCACCACUACCACCAGUGCCGCCUCCCCCCUGGCUAGCGCCAUCCCCAUUGCCCAGCUGCUCGCUAAGCCGGGAGCGCUCAACGCGCUGAGCAGCCUUAGCGCGUUGGGCGGUCUCACCGAGCUGUUGGCCGGGCAAGGGGGCGGCCCUCCCUCAAUCCAGACCACCGGCGUCCACCGUCCCCACAAGAGCUUUACGCCGCGCAUGCGCUCGCCCGGUGGCGGGAACGAGCAGGGCUCCAAGAUGAAGAGCGAGCGGAACAAAUUUAAUCCAUACUAGGACUAAGCGGCAUACUACAAUCGUUUGUUUGUAUUUUUUGUUUUUGUUCAUUUAGGAAUUUUUUACGAUUUUUUUUAUUUACAUUAGGUAUGUACUGGAUAAAUUUUGAAUAUUUUGGACGGUUUUUGAUGCUAUGAUAUUGAAAGUAUGUUUUUAUUUUAUACAGCAUAGAAAAAACUGUUGGUUAACUUUGGGGGAACGAGGGUAUUAGCCAAAUGUGAAUUAUAUUGGGCUAAAUAAGGUGAAUUAUCAUUAUAUCCUUACUUAUAUACUUAAAAAAAUCUAUAAAAGUAAUAAAUGUUUUAAGCAUAACUUCCAUUAACAUUUCGUAAGCAUCUUAAAUAAAUGGUUAUUAUUUAAAAAAAAAAACAACAUUUAAAAAAAUAAUAACUUUGAGUAAUCAGACUUAAACCUUUCAGAUCUUACAGCGCUCUCGACUUCAGACUCAACUAUAUCCCUUUCUCACAGUAUAUCUAACAAAUCGUUUUCAAUCGACGUUUUUUAUUAAUAAACGCCAUUGUUAUACAUAAAACUCACAAACUGUUGUCAGCGCUUGUUAGGAUUGCAACUACAGGACAUAAUAUUCAUUUAGCAUGUAAUAAUAGCCCAUAUAUGCGAGUAGAAUACUAUGAAAAUACUUUUAUUGAGGCAAAUAAUUAUUUUUUAUUACAUAAAAACAAUAUUAACAUUAAUUAAUUACAAUUCAACCAUUAAUUUUGUUCCAUAAUACUACCUUUUUAGGGUUGAAAACUGUCUCUUUUUCACUAUAGUUAUUGGGGCAACACUGACAAUGGAACUAAUGCCGAAUAAUUUUCCAUUCUUAAAUAAGGUUGAGUCCGACCAUAAUCUUCAUGAAGUAUAGCUUGAGACAUACCUUUUGAUAUGUGCUGGUUCCUAGUCGAUGUGGCUACAUUCAAAUGCUUUAUUAGUGAACCUUUUAAAAUAAUUUAUAUGCAACACAAUUUUACAGAUAUACAUUUUUUAUUUGCUUAGAAAAGUUAUUACAUUGCCUUUGAAUUUUACUAUUGUAUGUUGCUUGUAGCGAAGGUGUGUAAAAGCUCUGCUCUCUACAGGUGAAAAUGUACCAAUUUCUCUUUUUUAACUGACUGACCAAUCAUCUUCUUGUGUGGUGGUGUCACUUGACUUGUGGAUCGUAUUUUAUUGACUAUGAAGUGAUGCUUAUAUGUCUUUCACAAGGGGGAGAUGUGAUCUUUAGUCUUAUUCAAACGUUGAAUCAUUGUUCAGGGUCUGCAUAAGAUGCAAUGUUGAGUGUGUCUUAAUAGUUGUUUUGUGUAAUUUUUUAUAUUUAUUCCUCGAUAUAUAUUCAUAGUAUUUCUAACCCGUAAAUAAUGGGUCUAUAGUGUCGACGAUUUAUAUUUUCUGGAUAAUUCUGUAAAAUCACCAUAACAGUUUGCGAAAAUGAGUUUUUCCUUCGUCCAAUUUAAAAGAGAUUCAUCACAAUGUUCUUGAUUUUUCCGGCAAUAUAUUCAAUGACACAAUUUCAGCAGCUUCUUUCACUUCUGGCGGAGUUAAAGACAUUUCAUUUCCAUUUUCUGAAUUCAUUUUUUCUCAGUUUUUAGUAAAAUAUUUCAUAAAUUAUUAUGCAGUCAAAAUUUGGCAUGACAGCCGCGUCCCAAUGCUUAAUAUAUUAGAUUAGUGAAUAAUGAUUAUUCGUCGCCAAUAGUGCAUAAUACAAGGUGAUUUCUAUCUUAACUGUGUAUAGAAUUCGUUAAAAUUAAACAUAUUUUCAAAUAUUUCUUUUAUAAAAUAAAGAUGCAUAAUUAAAAAAUCUCAAUCUGGGCCUGGAAUUGGGCAUCAAAAAUUAAGUUAAAUCAGUAGUAUGUUUAUGUUCUGACACCAGGUCUGAAAGGAUUAAGUUGGAGUAGACAGCUUUUUUCUAUUCUCCAUACGAUAAUAUCCCCUUUCUCCUAAUCUGCAAUACAUUUUUUAAGUGUUCCAGUUUUUACUAAAGUGAAGUGGCUCAAUUAUUGAUAAAAUUAAAUUUAAGGUUAGGUAUCAACUGCACCUAAUAAAAUUAAACUAUAUAUUAUAUAAUUACUCACUUUGUAAUGUAAAAUUUAUACAAAUUCGUUAUUUUCUAAAAUUUUAAGAGAAACUAUUAUUUUUUGUGCGUUGUAGAAGACAAAUUGAUUUAUAUUUUUUUCUACAAAUAAUUGAGGUGGGUAAAAUCGUCCAAAAUACCAAGAAAUAUCCAGUAUCGUCAUUGAUUUUAUACAUAUUAAUUUUCUUUUGUAAUAAGAAAAUAAUGGCUUUCAAUUUUCUGUUAAGGUGUCUGAUCAAACGAUUUUUUUAAAAAUAGGAUAUAAAAGGAUAUAAAAAAAUAUAUUCCGGGUAUAGGGGUAGUUUUUGAGCUGAAUUGUAAAUAUAAGAAAAGUUAUUACGAUAAGACACCUUCAUAACAACAUAACACAGAAUAUUUUUGUUAAUUGUAUCUCAAUUAGAUCAUAAGUAUUAUAAACACUUAACAAUUGGUAUAAAAGUAAUUAGGGACCAAUUUUUACAUUAACUUUUUAAGUUCGAAAAAUUACUAACGGUUAGGGUUUAAUUCAAAAUAACGUUAACGUGUACAAAUUAUUAUAGUAAUAAUCAUGGGCACUUUUCGAAUAACCAAAAAAAAAAUUGAGACUGUAAUUGCUAGUCAAAAAACUAUUUCGCACCAAUCUUGAACAUGUAACUUCAAAUAUGACUGGGUUAAGUAUCUAUGCUACAUCUUUAUUUUUGAAAUUUUGUGUGCGGCGCUUGAUUUAUCAUACUAUAUCAUGUUUUCUUUUUAAUUUUAACAAAACAAUACAGUAUAAAAUCAAUGACUUGUUGUUUCUAAUUACAUAUAAGAUAAUAUCACCUUUAUUUGUUAAAUAAACAUGUACCAUUUUAUUGUGGUAUGCUACAAACUAAAAUGAGUUUUGCGAGAAACAAUUCGUUCAUUUAAUAACUAAGUGUUGAUUGUGUUUAAUUUGCUUUAUACAUUUUUAAUCAUUGUGAAAGCCAUCUUUAUAUAUCUCGCGAAUUCGUCUGUAUAGUUGGAUAUUGUAAGAAUUUUAUUUUCGUUAUUUUUUUUAAAUAAAAAAACGGUGAUGCUCGUCCCGGACAAUAACAUUUUUUCGGGUGUCUAUCGAAAUAUUUAUUUCAUUAUCGCCAUUUGUAAUUUUAGGUAUAAAGCACAAACGUUAGGUGUAAGCUAAAAACAGGGUAUUCACGUUUCUUAAUAUGACACUUUUGACUUUUAUACAGGAUGUCAUAAAGUGUAGGAUUUGUGAAGAUUGUAAAAAUGCUUCUUUGGGAAAAACCAUGGAAAAUUUAAGAAAACACAGUACAUUGCCUCGCACACACUUCUUAAUAUCAGUUUCAUCUCGUUACAAUAUGUCAAACUCUUAACGUUCAAACAUUUCUGUGGUAUUCUUAAAAUGAUAUGCGAAUAUUUAAGGGUGUGUAUCUUCAUGAAAAAUGAGUGACAGUUUGCUUUAUAAACAUUGCGAUCCACCCAUCGGCGAUUUAUAUUCCGUUUCUCUCUAUUCAAUAGAAUUGUGUUUAUCGUUCUUCUACACUCAGGCUGGCAGAGUUGACACAUCGUAUAGUUUACUCGCCCAUUAUGUAAAUAAGAUGAAAAGCUGGUUUCAAACAGUUUUUAUAACUUUAACACAAAAAUACAGACAGACUAAUAAAAUUACUGAAAACACAAUACCUAAAUCAGUAAAUUUUUUGAAAUUAUUCUUGGCGCAACACCGCAACAAGGUAUACCAAUUGCAAUAGGCUUGUUUUGGUUCUUUCGCAAACUGAAUUACACUCGAUCAGCUAAAAGGUUGUUAUGAUCUCGCAACGAUUUCUUGAAAAAGUUAUUUGAGAACUGGAAUCGACGGUUCUGUUUGAACCAAAACAAACCCAAUUAUGGCGUGCCCUUUUGGUGUUUAAUAACAUCGUUUAAAAAGCAAGAAAAAAUAAUAUUUCCUUCAAAAAAUUUACUGAUUUAAAAUUAUGAAAUACAUAAUAGAAAUUUAUAAUUUUAGGUAACCCUUAAUAUAUUUAUAAUGGAAAUUGAAUUUCUAUUGUUUUUUUAUAAUUUUAAUUCUUGAAUUUCUAUUAUGUCUUUCAUAAUAAUAAUAAUAAUAAUAAACGUAUUCCCAGUAUGAAAAUAAUAAAUAUUUUUUCUAUAGUUUUAUUAUCAAGAAGGGACGAUAUGUAUUCUUUGUAAUUGUAUUGUUUUAAUGGCCUCUGACUCGUAAAUAAAUAAAUGUUUCAUAGGAGGCAUUGCACACAGUAUUUUCAAAAUUUAUCCCAGACGUAAGUAAUAUUUGUGCAAUCUUCCGAAUACAGACUUUGCGACAUCCUGUAUCAUGAGAUAAUUUAUAUAUUUAUAUUUUAUUGUUUUUCCUUUUUCACCAACUAUACAUUUUCCGUUUCUGUUAUAUAAAGAUGUCCCGAUGUUUUGUCUUUAUUUCUUAUAUUCUUUUUUUUUACAUUAUUUACACAAUAUACAUUGUAUAAUUAUAUAUUAAGUUUAUGAUUUCUACAUUUUUAAAAUAGCCUUUUUGUAGGCAGCUUACUGUUUACAUAUCAGUGGCGUUUAGUAAUAUAUUUUAUAAUAUAUCUAACACACAGAGAGCGGAAUGUGAAAGUUUUAGUGGACCCGCUAUUUAAUUUUUAAAAGAAAAGAUUUUCGAUAUUUUUAAAUUUGAAAAUUAAUACAAACUUACAGAAAACAUAAGCCAGACUUACAUAAUUUUUAUUUGCAGAAUUUCAAUAUCGUUGGAUUUAAUAAUAAUUAAUGAUAAAUAUAUUUUUCUUAGGCUAAAUGGCUUGUGUUAACUGUUUUUAAUUUUGAAUAUAUUGUAGCAAAUAUUUAACCUUUUGGCCAAAUAUAUCCAUGCAUCCACUUAAAUCCUAUGGCUGGUUUUUAAAGUACAGGAUGUUAAAGUUAAAAAAUUUUAUAAUAUUUUAAUUUAAUGUAUACAUUUAUAUUUUUUGGUUGAUAUUGAUACAAUUUUUUAUAUGAAAUAUGUAGGUAAGUUAGGUGUAGGUGUAAAAAAAACUAGCUAUAAUUUACUCUCAAAGCUUGGGUGGUUCAACACUUAUUCUCCACCUAUUUUUUGAUAAUAACCACCCAAUCUGUUAUAAAACUCCUGCCUAACAUUAUUUAAAGUUUGAGAUGAAAUAUUCCUUGUCUAGUGUUAUCCUUUCUCUGAAAUCUGCCAUGCUAACUGGCUGUGUUGAAUAUACUUCAUUCGUGAGAUAACUCCUGGCCACUCAAUAGUACCUCUUCGUCCAAUUCAUUCAUUGGGAUAUAUUUCGUUUAGAUACUUUUUAAUUGACAUUAUUUUGUCAACAUUUUUAAUUUUUUCUAAAAUUUGACUAUUUUUUCAAAAUUUUGAUUCCGUUAUUAUUUUCUCAAAAUCGGUCAUUAUUUUGAGAG